ACUAACUCGCCGCCGCCGGAAUGUAUGAAAGAAACGCGGAGGUGUGAGCGGAGUCUGACUUUCUAUAUUUGACAGUUCUUUGUCAUCCUACUUCUAUGCUAGGAACAUAAUACUGGUCGGGAGUACCUAAUUGUCAAUGUCAAAUAUAUUAUUCACAAUGUCCACACAAUGUCAAAUACUUUGCUUAGCAAACCCAUAGUUUGGACUUUUUAGGAUUUUUUACAACUGAAUUUUUUGGUACCGCAUCAAGAUGCUUGGAAAUUUGAUGAACCUGCGUAUGGGAUCAGGUUUGGGUGAUAGCAAAGCGCCAAAACAACCUCAGCUUGAUGUAAUACAACGGAUAAUGGGCGCAUUCGGUAGAUACCAUCUGUUUCUAUGCCUGCUUAUAAUGUUGACGAAGUUUGCCAUCGCUUUCCACCAAAUGGCUAUAUUGUUCCUGGCUCCAAAAGUCAGCUACACAUGUGGAGGCGGGGGCGGAGGCGGAGGCGGAAACGCAGGUACAGGCUCAGAAAAUGCCGAGUCCCUUCGCGACGGCGGCGCGGCUAAUACGUGUCCAUGCCCCAAUCCAGUAUAUGACACAUCCCUGUUCACCCGGACCAUAAUAAUGAAGUGGGACUUGAUAUGUGACAAGAAAUGGUUGACUAGUUUCGCACAGACGAUAUUUCAAUUGGGCACGCUGAUUGGCAGCGUACUGUUUGGAAUGGCAUCCGACAGAUUCGGGAGAAAGUAUCCCUUGCUGGUGGCAAUCGUGAUACAAGUGUCCAUGGGCAUAACAGCGGCAUUUGUCCCCAGCUACUGGGCGUUCACGGUUCUUCGAUUCUUAGUGGGCAUAUCCGUCGGAGGUACCAUGGUCAUUGGAUUCGUCAUUAUUAUGGAAUUCGUGGGCGCCCAGUACCGUGACGUUAUAUCAGCAGUGUAUCAAAUACCCUUCAAUAUGGGGCACAUGCUGUUACCUGUGUUCGGUUAUUUCAUCAGGGAUUACUCAAAAUUCCAAAUGGCCAUCUCGAUACCAACAAUAAUACUGUUAUCGUACCUUUGCCUAUUACCUGAAACACCACGCUGGUUGAUAGCGGUUAAGAGAACUGAAGAGGCUAUCAAAGUUAUCGAAAAUGUAGCUAAAGUAAAUAACCGUCCAACAGCAAACAUACAAUAUGACGUUCAAAAAUACCAAGCGGCACUUCAAAAGACGCAGCUUAAGAAGGGGACCAUUGUAGAUCUCUUUCGAACUCCGAACAUACGAAAAAAUAUUUUAGCCAUGGCGUAUAAUUGGCUAACGUGCAGCUAUUGCUUCUACGGCGUGUCGCAGUACGUAGGACAACUCAGUGGGAACGUCUUCAUCAACGUCGCCGCCAGCGCCAGCGUGACCAUGCUCGGCUCGAUCUGUUCCAUACCGCUUAUGAAAGUUAUUGGAAGAAAAACCAUUUUGAUUAUCUUUAAUUUCAUUUGCGCGGCUUGCCUCUUCAUUCUUGCCGUGAUUCCAGAAGGGCCGGGUACCGUAGUCUGUGCAAGUGUAGGAGUAGUUUCUAGUUUUAUAGUUUUCGUUGUGGUGUACUUGUACUGCACGGAAAUGUUUCCGACAGUGGUGCGGAAUGCUGCGCUGGGUUUUUCUUCGAUGAUGGCGCGCGUGGGGUCUAUGAUCGCCCCGUUCGUGAUCGAGUCGAGCAGCCGCGGCCGGUGGGUGCCGCCCGUGCUGUUUGCUAUCGUGCCCCUCGUAGCAGGCUUCGUAUGUUUCUUACUUCCUGAAACCAAAGGCUGUGAAUUAAUGGUGACUAUAGAACAAGGCGAACAAUUCGGAAAAAAACCGGCUAAAAAAUAGUUAUUUGUUUUACAAGGGGGCAAAGUUGUUGUUUAACCGCAAUUGCCAAUAUUGAUACCCGAGCAAGCGAAAGAUUCCAAUAAAAAGUGAAACCUUGAGCGU